AUGGAAGAAUCAUAUCCCAGCACAUCGUCCUCAUCUGCAGAUAUACCACCAAUCAACCCUUUGGAUUUAUACUCACUUCGAUAUUAUAUAGACUCCUGGAUCGAAGUAUCUUCACAGCCGUCCACGUCCUCCCUAUCGUCGGCGGCUACCACCGACGACAUCAUCACUACAGGUCUCCGCGUCGAGCGAUCAGAACCACGGGUCUCACAACUCCGGAGUAAGCGCAAACGAGCAAAACAGAAUCUAUUGCGGUCAGUCCCUGUCAGCGAUUCCUCGCACGAGUCGAGCGUAGCCGGCGGUAGCAGCCAGGAUGAGUAUGAGGAAAGCGACAGUGAGUCGGAUAAAGUCCUCAGUGGUUCCAACGAAGAUGUCACGACACAAUCGCAAGGAGAUGCUUUGCUUUUGCGCCACGGCUCCAUGUCAGAGAUCACAUCGUCCGGGGAGGAAGAGGAUGCCGAUGAUGAUGAUGACCGGUCGACGGCAUUAGGCCCGCGAUUGAGCUCAUCACCGUUUAUUCCUCAACCUAAUGCCUUUUCCCAUGCACCACAGUAUUCGCGAUCGAGGUCGUACAACGGCCCAGCUCCGACUCCUAGCCUCGUGUCCAAUAGCAGCCAAGCAACUGCCAUACGGCACAGCUCGAGUUCAACCGUGCGAAACACUCGUCAGCGUAGCCGCACGCAGCAUGUACCAUACAAUAUGAUCUCUCCCAGUUAUCAGGCAGACCACGAUGCAGCGCUCCGUGCUAGUUUGUCAACUCUCCUAUCUCUUGGUACAGCAGUUCGUGGUGCACCAAAGAAUGAUAGCCCACCAGCUCCCACAGGUCCCCAGGUUGCACCUGCAUCCUCAUUUCGUCUUGUACCCGAGUCAGUUGCUAUGGGCGAAGGCAUCGACGACAGCAGUCGCCAAACGCGAAUAAAUACCGGUACUCCUCGUGCAGAGCCAAUGGACAUUCACCAGCAGUCUAAAACAGCUCGUUCCACAGCUUCUUCUUCUUCUUCAGCACCUUCAAAGGGUAAGCAGAGAGCGACCAAAGACCGUGGGGCAUCUCAUGCAUCAUCAUUUUCGAAGAAAUCCCGUCAAAACAGCGUGGCUAGUUCUCUAGUGCCUGUUAGCCCAACACUUAUGACAUGGGUGAUUAGCGCUGGCGUAGUAGUAUUAUUCUCGGCUAUCAGUUUUUCAGCUGGGUAUGCCCUCGGGCGCGAGGUUGGACGAACAGAAGUGGGAUUGGAUUCAACUGUCGGUGGAAGUAUGACUGAUCGGUUCGCAAGCGUGAAAGCAUCGAAUGAAUGCGGCAGAGAUGCGGUGAAGGGGAGUCUCAAGCGUCUCCGAUGGGGUGCUACGGGUGGCGGUGGUGUCAGCGUCUACAACUAA